AUGUCGCACGCUUUGGAUAAGGAGAUGAUGGCGUUAUCACUAAAGGAGGAAGAUGAACCGUUCAUGAUGCCUGAUUUGCCUCAAUUCAGGUCCACAGAAAGAAAUGCCAGAAGUAUUAUUGGGAGAAUUCUCAACCCGGAUUGUCAGAAGAUGUCGGCGCUCAUACAUGACAUUCCCCGAAAGUGGCAAAAGCAAGGACGAGUAAGAGGGGUGGCGUUAUCAAAAGAGUGUUUCCAGUUCAUCUUUGAUCAUGAACAUGACCUCAUCGAUGUUCUGGAGAAAGGAGUACAUACCUUUAAUGACUGGGCGCUAGCAAUCGAUCGAUGGGUGGAGUACCCACCGGAAGACUACCUUCAAUACAUCAAUAUCUGGGUUCAAAUCAGGAAUAUCCCAGUGAAUCACUACACUGUGGAAGCUAUCACGGUCCUGGCGGAAAUCUUAGGCGAAGUAAAAGUUGUUGCUUUUGAUCCUGAUAAACCCCAAGUUCAGGACUUUGUCAGAGUUCAGGUGAGAUUUCAUGUCUCAAAACCGUUGAGGAAGUCCAAGGUUAUUGAUCUCAAAGAAGGUGGCUCGACGGUGAUCAAAUUCAACUAUGAAAGAGUGCAGAAACGAUGUUAUGAGUGCCAGAGACUCAAUCACGAAAGAGAUGUUUGUCCGUUGCUGAUAAAGCAGAGGAAGGAGGCAACGGCUGAAAGAAGACAGAGAGUUCUUCAAGAAAAAAUGAGGAGCGAGAAGUUUUUACAACCUGAUGACCCUCUGUUUGGGGUCUUAAGUGAAGACCAAGUAGGGAUAUCUGCCAUAACAGGGAGAAGGAAAAUUUCUCAAGAAGUGUUAGAUGAGAUGAGAAGAUACCUGCUCAUGGCAACUGAUGGAGAUAGACUCGUGCGAGUGGAAAGAGUUCGAUCGUCAAUAGCGGAAGCUGAGAAGGACCCAAAGAUCAGAAAAACCAUUUUGAGGUUGGAAGCAGAACCGGUGGUCACAAAGCAGUUGGACAAAGGGAAGGGCAGGGUAUUUGAUUUCGAUCUUAACUCUCCUGUGGAUGCUAAUGCAAAGGAAAGAAGUGAAGGUAGAAAGCUUAUGGCGGCAUCAAUGAAAGCAUAUAAAUGUGAGCAACCUUCCCUUGUUUCUCAAGAAAUCCAACUAAGGACAAGUCAAGUAACUAAAGACCUAGUACUUCCAAGAGGCUCGGUACCAUACUCUGUUCAAGACAAAGAAGAUGGUAUAGCGGAGAGGAGGAGUGGAUCGGUGCCUUUGGCAAUCAACUCUACGGAAUAUGACACUGGUUACCUAGUAACUAAGCCAUCCGGUGUUGUAAAGAAAACAUCUCACCCUCGACGCAGACCCUAUAUUAAAAAGCGUAAGGAACAGAAAGGAGCUCCAUCUAAUAUCUUACAAGACCUCUAUGGUAAAGAAGGAGCUGACACAAAGAUAGAAGUUAAAAGAAAAGGGGCUACGGAGGAGGAGGAAGAACAACAUGUUGCUCAACGCAAAGAGCCAAGGGUGAUCCCGACUGAGGGAUCGCCGCAAUCAAGAUGA